CACGAGAUUGUUUCGCGAGCUCCGCUUUUUAACCCGGAAGUCGGCUGGAACUCCCCCCAAUAACUCUCCGAAGAUGACGACGGGACCGGGAGAGGUAGUAGAUUUGUUUCCCCAAAUCGAGCCGUACGACACGGGUAGAUUACGAGUGGAUGAGAUACAUGAGUUGUACUACGAACAGAGCGGCAAACCCAACGGGAACCCAGUGCUUUUCAUACAUGGGGGACCAGGAGGUGGUACGAGUCCAACCGACCGAUGUUUCUUUGACCCUAAGUGCUUCCGCAUCAUACUCUUUGAUCAAAGAGGGUCGGGUAAAUCAACGCCCCCAGCAGAGCUCCAGAACAACACUUCGUGGCACAAUGUUGACGAUAUCGAGAAGCUCAGAGAGCACCUGAAAAUCAAGAAGUGGAUGCUGUUUGGUGGAAGCUGGGGGUCAACCCUGGCCCUCCUGUACGCCGAGAUGCACCCACAGCGGGUUAAAUCAAUGGUGCUCAGGGGUAUCUUCACGAUAAGGCAAAAAGAGAUUAACUGGUUGUAUAAUGUAGGAGGAGCUAGCAACAUAUACCCAGAUUAUUGGGAGUCGUAUGUCUCGGUGAUUCCAGAGGAAGAAAGGGGAGACCUCGUCGCGGCCUAUCACAAAAGACUGACUGGGGACAAUGAGGAGGAGAAACUGAAAUGUGCGAGGUCUUGGAGUCAGUGGGAAUGUUCAACGUCCAAACUCAUCCCAGACCAAGAGGCAAGCAUUAAGGUGUCCAACGAUCUCUGGGUCAUGCAGUUUGCAAGGAUAGAGUGUCACUACAUGAUUAAUGGGGGAUUCCUUGAAGGUGACAACUAUAUUCUGGAUAACGCCCACAAGAUCAAAGACAUCCCUUGUAGCAUAGUGCAGGGACGUUAUGAUGUGAUCUGCCCGCCGGUUACCGCAUGGGAAUUACAUAGGAAACUGCCAAAGUCCGAGAUUCACUUCGUCACAGCAGGUCACUUCUCGAAGGAUCCUCAAAUUCAAUCCCUCCUCCUGAAGUCUGUUGAGAAAUUCAAUACACUCUGAUGAGAGAGGAGGGGGGGAAGUAGGACACAAAAUGUGAACAUCUUCCGAGUGCUUUAAAAAAGUAUCAGUGAUAACACAAGAAUGUAAAUUAAAAUGCUUUGUUAUUUUUUAUAAAUAAAAAAAUUAAAUUGGUUAUGAGACACUGGGAAGUGAUUAGUGGCUUAGAUGCUGAAGUUAUAGCCACAGUGACUGGCUGAUGGCUUUGGCAGCUACGUUGAUGGCAAUUUCAUGGAAUGCAUUGAAUCGCAACAAGGGCCCAAUUUCAUAAAGCUGUUAAGCAGAAAAUUAUGCUUGCAAAUGUCUUGGUUUAGCAAGAAAUGACCGGGGUUCCAGUCACUGCAAUAGUAGCUGUAUGGUAAUCUGGCUGGUAACCUAUUUUGCUUAGCAAAAGUUUGUUGUGCUAAGCAAGGCUUUUGUGUUACAGGCUUUAUGAAAAUGGGACGAGAGAAUGCUGUGCUUGAUUUACAACUGUGGCUGCAGUGUACACUCUUGUUCUUCACCAAAAUAGGGUUACCACUAACCAGCCAAAAUACUAUUCCAUGAGUGCUGUCUGUGACUGCUACAACUUUUCUGAGCUGAUAGUUAUUGAGCACAAUUUUCUGUUUUAAAGGCAGGGUGUACUUUUGGUAAUUGUCAAAGUCCAAUAUCCUCUCUUGGUAUAUCCCAACAUAUGCAUAACAAAACUGUGUAAACUUGGGCUAACUUGCUCAUCAAAGUUGCAAGCUAAAUAAUAACAAAGUGUGUGUCCUUUUUGCCACACAAUGGUGCAAUUUAAAGCUUGAAAAGACUCUAUAAGAAUAGACUAUAAACUGGCAAUCUGCUUGGCAUAAGAUAAACGACAGAGGGCGGUGUUGUUAAAACAGACUACCUCCAAUAAUGAUGUUAUUUGUAACAAAAUAAAAAACAAACUGUUUGAGAUAUUGGAUGAAGUAUAGUCAUACAUUCAUAUUUAUAGUAAAUUUGGGAGAAAUAGUGGAAUGGUUAUCAAACCUAAAGGUGAAUGUUUUUUAAAUAUGAAGUUGAAUACAAAUAUUUUUCAAAAUACGAAGAUAAAAUAUUGUUCUUGUUUUUCGAGUGUGGCCAAUUUCACUUUUCAAACAUCCAAUCCAUCUUAAAGACGCAGGAACACACUGGAUAAGCAGCUGAACAUCUUGUUCUUUGAAUACUAUCAUUUUCUUUGUAUGGUGUGUGUGUGUGUUGAUAUUCAGUUUGUAAAGAAACUUGAAAUAAAAUAAAAUGAUGUAUUUUAAAACA